CUGGGGUAUAAAAGAUUUGGGGCGGAUCGGAUGGAAUUCAGUUUGAACGCGCUACUCAACGCAGCGGUGUCCAAGGAUUCUCGAUUCCUGAUUCUCAAUUCUCUAUUCCCCAUCUCUCUCCUCGAGCAAAAGACUUUCUCCAAGAUGUCGUACAAGAUUGAACCACUGCCCGAUUCCUACGCCGGCCUGGGCGAGGGUCCCCACUGGGAUGUGGCCAGGCAGAGCCUGUACUAUGUGGACCUGGAGGCCGGCAGCCUGCUCCGCUACGAUUAUGGCCAGAACAAGGUCUACAAGACGAAGAUCGAGGGCGAAACUUUGGCCGGAUUCGUGCUGCCGGUGGAGGGACGUCCGCAGGAGUUCGCCGUCGGCUGUGGACGCCGCGUGGUGAUCGUCAACUGGGAUGGUGUCUCGACCAGCGCCAAGGUGGUGCGCACACUGUUCGAGGUGCAGCCGCUGAUGGAGAAGAAUCGGCUGAACGACGCCAAGGUGGAUCCACGUGGUCGCUUCUUUGGCGGCACCAUGCGCUACAUUGGCGAUGAGUUCGAGUUCCGUCAUGGUGAGCUGUACCGCUGGGAGGCCGGUGGCCAGGUGUCGGUGAUCAAGGGCGAUGUGGGCAUCUCCAAUGGGCUGGCGUGGGACGAGAAGGCCAAGAAGUUCUACUACAUCGACACCACCGACUAUGAGGUGAAGUCCUACGACUACGAUUUUGAAACCGGCGUGGCCAGCAAUCCCCAGGUCGUAUUCAAUCUGCGCAAGAACAGUCCCAAGGAUCAUCUGCUGCCCGAUGGCCUGACCAUCGAUACCGAGGGCAAUCUGUAUGUGGCCACCUUCAAUGGCGCCACCAUCUACAAGAUUAAUCCCAACACUGGCAAGAUCCUGCUGGAGAUCAAGUUCCCCACCAAACAGAUCACCUCCGCCGCCUUCGGUGGCCCCAACUUGGACAUCCUGUACGUGACCACCGCCGCCAAGUUCGAUCAGCCUGCUCCAGCUGGCACCACCUACAAGGUGACCGGACUGAAUGCCACUGGCUAUCCCGGCGUCAACCUGAAGGUCUAGGAACUGCAAUCUCUAUCCUUAGCCCCAGUAUAAUGUACCAAUCGAAUCCCAGUGCAAUUAUAUGUAUGUUAUGCUCUUUAACGUUUUAA